CCGAGAGCGAGAUGCAAGUUCGAACUAGUACCAUCCCAACGUUGACGUUGACGCCGUUCAUUCAUUCCUUCUGAUCAGUGAUCACAACCAUUACACAACAGCUAUGGUCGCAACUAUUCACCUCAACGGACCCAACGAUAACAUUGUAGAUAUUUUGCAAGGAAGGGAGCGCAUCGUAUCUUAUCCUGGCACAAGUCAGUUCAAUGGUCGCGGUAUAUCUGCAUGUGGCCUUGCAGCCAUGAAUUUUGCGAGAGUGCUUUCUGACCUCGUCAACAUGCAUAGUCAAGACAGGAUGAUUGAUCUGCUUCGAGCUAUCACUAGCAAAGAGGUCAUUCAAGAUAUUAUCUCCAUUUGUUCGGAAUGGUCAAGCGACUUGCACUUGGACGUGGAAGAAAUCCAGCAAGUUCCCCUAUUCAAGAAGUCUCUGAAGCUUGUAGCAACACGAUUUGGUCCCCCAAAGGCGAAGCAUUUUAGGCGUACCCUGGAAUAUAUGCAAACCUUGAGCUCCUCUGCUACCGUCAUCAUCACUCGCCCUCCUGAGAUCAUCGCAUGCACGGUGAUUAAAGGACUGGAGAUGGACGUUUUCGUGAUUUUCGAUUCUCACCCACGGCCAAGCUAUCCAGCUGGUGCUGGUCUUAUUCUCAAUACAUCGAUUGACCAGGCGGUCUCACGUCUGGCUAGCAUAUUACCUGCUGCCGACAGCCAUCUUCUUUCCCUGAGUGGUCUGCAAUGGCAAGCUCAGCUACUUAAUAACUUGUCAGGCCACAUCUUCGUAUCAAAUGGACCACCUGCAGACAUGCGAGGCAUGCAGCGUACUGUCAUCGAAUCUAGCCUAGCUGUUCUGAGAUUGCGAGCCGAAGUGGCUGGAUUGACACAGAAAAGUGAGAGGCUGACUAAAGAAAACGAAACACUCGAAGGAGAGAUUCAACGCCUGGACGAUGCUUUGAGUAUCGAGAAGAAGAAAGUAGUAACACUUCAGGUAUCUUCCAAGAUCCGCUUCGCUUCACAGCCCUCAAACGGAAUAGCUGGAUCAUCACGGCUGGCUCCGCGCAACUUCUUGCACUCGUCCUCGUCAUCCGAUAAAUUUAUGAACAACGUUCGCGAUCGCGAUGCAGACACAUGGUCAUCGAUUUAUGAUACUGUCAAGGAAGACCUAGGACAUGAGUGGGGGCUCGACAGUCUGAGUUCAGCCGCGGCCCUCGAGUUGCAGCAAUCUUUCGAUGUUGAAGAUUUGCAACUUCGAGACCAGAUGCAAGCUCUGGCUGCCUCACUCCCACGCAACUUUUCAUGCGUAAUAUGCAUGGAAGAACAACCUGUGGACAAUAGUGUGGAUCUUGAAUGCAAUCAUUCGAUAUGCAGAACUUGUAUCCGAGGACAUAUUUGCUCCAAGAUCGAAGAGCAUCGUUUCCCAGUCAUGUGUCCCGUUUGCAUGACGGAAAAGAAUAACCAUCAACCCAAAGCGAUCUCGGGACUUCUCGUGCAGCAAAUUGGUAUCGAUGAGCGGCAAUAUGCGAUUUGGGAAGAAAUGGAACUAAGCCAUCUUUCAGUUCUCCUCCACUGCCGCAAAUGUCAACGAUCGGUGCCCGUAGUCAGACAGGAGCAUGAUGAAUCCCGCCUGCUUGUUUGUCCCCUACCCGAUUGUAACCAUAUUUGGUGCAAAGCGUGCCAGCAAUCUGUUGCAAUUGGUGAUCCUCCCCAUUCUUGUGACGGCACCUCGGAACUGGACCAUUUAAUGAAGCAGCGCGGGUGGAAGUAUUGCCCAAACUGCAAAACACCGGUCCAGAGAGACGGGGGAUGCAGCCACAUGACCUGCAUCUCCCCGGCCUGCAACACCCACUUUUGCUACAUUUGUGGGAAAAAUAUUGUUCGCAGCGCCUUGCGAAAUGAAAUUCAGACCGCGGUCGCUGCUCACUACCGUGUUUGCAAUUUGUUUGAUUAUCCCGGGGAGUAAGGCGCUCGGUGGUAGCGGACAGUAGGUUUAGGCACAGUCGUUCAGGGUGAGGAAGGUUAUUGGGGAGAUGGGGUAUAGUUAAGUUAUACAGAGAGAGAGGAGCCUACUUCUAAGAUCAAGAGAUGUUUGGUUGAGCGUCUGGCGUCCCUAUUAAUUGAUCAUUGUAUUUUAGUUUUCCAAUAUGACGCUUCCAUCGUCGACGUCCGGCACUAUCCUCA